AUGUCCGAAACAUACUCCAACGGGACUCCUUCCUCGUUGGAAGAUCCGCACCCGAUGGUGGAGCUGGCUCCACCACUCAACUCUCCUCCAGUCUCAGAACCACACCCUAUAUACGCACCUAUCACUGGAGAUGCAUCCGGGAAGAGGCCAUCCGUACCUUCGAUUAUGGGGUACCGCUCUAGGUCAUCAACCCCAGGCACAUCAGACCCUUCGAAGCGCGAAUCAUACAACCUCGCCGGCAGCACAUUCCUCAUCACGAACGAUGGAAGAACGCUCAAACUCCCUAUGCCAUCGAAUUCCAAAGCCGAUCCUUUGAACUGGGGCAGGUGGAAGACAGCCGGAGCGCUGUUCGCAUUAGCUCUCUACUCUAUCAUCUGUCUCACUGCGGCUCAAGCAGCGUCAGUCAUACUCGAUAGUAUCCAAGCAGAUUUCCAGGAUGAGGACAUACCAAAUUAUCAGAUCAAGGCGUUGGUUACAGGCCCGACCAUGCUCAUGGGCAUCGGGUGCUUGAUGUGGGUGCCAGUAUCAAUCGGGUUGGGUCGCCGACCUACGAUCUUGAUCGCGUCCCUUGUCGAGCUGGGUGCCAUCAUAUGGGCUGGUCAAGCGAAAAGUUUCUGUUCGCUCGUGGCCGCAGUCUGUUUCCUCGGUUUGGCAGAGGGCCUUGCGUUAUCUCUUGCCUUCCUAAUGGUCAUUGACCUCACAUACAUCAACCAGAGAUCAGUAGCGGUAGCUCUCAUGUGGUGCAUGGCAGGAUGCUUUGGCACUUCGGGCGUUGCACUGGUACCUGUCCUAGCCGACCACGGAAACAACUGGCGGCGAUUCUACCACUACUGGACCAUCCCCGUCGUCAUCUCACUCGUCGUCACGUUCUUCCUCUAUCCGGAAACAUACUUCAAGAGGCCGACUGUAGCUUUCAACGGGCUCAUUCUGUUGCAGAGUGCCACCGAAAAGCUGACAGUCUACGAAGAUCGCGAAAAAGACUCUGAGAUCUAUCGCGACCUUCCCGAAUACCCGCUGCGCACCGGAUUCGCGGGCUUCCGUGAUCGGGUCGGCCUAUCACGCUCACCCUUCGCAUCAUGGGCUUCGGCGGGUCGUUGCGUCAUCCAGAUGGGUUACUGUGCCGUCAACCCACUCAUCUUCUGGGUCUUCAUUGCCUCUGCCUUCAACUCGGCAAGCAUGAUCUUCAUCGGCGCAACAUACGCACGCGUUCUUGUCGCACCACCUUACAACAUACCACCGGGUCUUGUUGGCACCGUCAACGUCGCAUCCGGAGUCGGAGCCCUAUGUGGCUUGCCCAUCUUCGCCAUCCUCUUCGGUAAGGUGCUGAAGCGGCUAUCGAGCCGCAACAAAGGUGUCCUAGAAGCCGAGCACUACCUCGUCAGCUACAUCCUACCCGUCAUUACCGGCGCUCUGAGCUCUUCACUCUACGGCGUCGCAGUACAGUAUCAAUGGCGAGCGUCUGCUUUCUACUUCGCAUACGGUAUCAACGGCUUCUCCUUCAUAACGAUGAUGAUUGCGAACACGCUUUGGGUUACCGAAGCUUUUCCACGCUGGGCCGCCCCCGCUAUUGCUGUUGUGUUUGGUGGCUGUUACUUCCUCAGUUGGGCCAUGAGCUUUGCGCUCGUACCGUGGAUAGAGUCACAUGGAUACGUGUGGGUUGGUAUUGAACUCAUGAUUUUCCAGAUUGUGGGCGGGUUGGUUGCUAUGCCGGUGGCGUUUUGGGGGAAGAGUACGAGACAGGCCAUCGCUGGUAGGUGGGCUGAAGAUAGGAGUGGUGCACUUCGGCCGCUGUGA